CCAUAGUGCUUUAUAGUGGGAUAAAGUACAAACAUGAAAAUAAAAGACAGGAAGAUAUUAGUUCAAAAACAAGGUUGAAUAAAUGGGCUUUGAGCUGGUGUUUAAAAGUGUCAGCUAAGUCUGCAUCCCUUAUAGGCUUUAGGUAUUGAGUUCCACGGUGUAAGAGCCUGGUUCAAAAAAGCAGACUUGCCGAUUUUCUUUUGAGGGAGAUUGUUUAAAUUUAAGAGACUGGCGGAGGAAGACCUGGGAGCUCGAGCUGGAUUAUAAAACGAAAACGAUUCUGCGAUGUACUCCGGACCCAGACCAUCGAGAGCUUUAAAAACAAGUGCGGCCGUAACAGAAUUGGGAGAUGUGUCACCUAUGGACCUGAAGUCGCCUUGCUCGUCCCCUGUUUCCUGCACCAUCCUGCGCCUGCAGUUUUUCUUCAGGUUUAACUAGACUUCCUACGAUGGGCGACAUGACAACGCCUGACUUUGAUGACCUGUUGGCAGCCUUUGACAUCCCUGACCUGGAUCCAAAGGACACCAUGGAUUCGGGCCAGGAGGAUGUCCCAGUGAAGCAGGCACCGGUGGCUGCCGGUAAGGCUCCACCCAUUGAACCCACAGCAGCCCCACCGGAGGAGCCAGCAGUCAGCGUGAUUGUCAAGAAUAGCCUCAGCCCGAAGCCGUGCGACGCUGUUCCCCUUCCCGUUCCCACCGGCAGCGAAGCCGCCUGCCACUUUGAUGCCGCUCCCAUGCACAAUGGCUUUGAGUUGGCCUCGGUUCCCAGCUCGCCAAAGCUGCCGUCACCAGCCUCUGACUGUGACAGCUGGGUAGGCAGGCCAGGGCGAGUUGGGGUAGCCCACAGGGAGGAGGAAGCCGAAGGACCUCCCGUACUGAGUCCGGCUGCCGUGAAGACCGAGGAACAUUCAGACGAAGAGAGGGACCUGCGCUUCUCUCCGUGCUCAACCCUCUUCCCUGUAGCUCCGGACCCCGAGACCGCAAAUCCCGACGAGGAGGUGGCUAAGGACCUGGCUCCGGGAUACCCCCGGGAGUUUGGAGCAGGUGUCAAGAAACAGAGGCAGGAAGGAUCAUCGGAGGAAGAGGAGGAGGAGAAGCCGUCGGACAUGGAGUCAGAGGUCGGCAGUGAGCCGGAAGGCAGCCCAUCAGAAGAUCCCAGGGAGGCGAGAAAUGACCCUCCCUCCCCUCCUGCCCCUGUCUCCCCUGAGCUGCCGUGGCCGGCCACCAUGGGGGGUACCUCCCCUAGAUCCCCAGAGGAGACAGCUAUGGAUCUGGGAGAUCCCAAGUCCCCUUCACCUCCCAUCCCAUGCCGGCCCAUCAAGGAGGAGCCCGAGAGCCCACACAGUGGCUUAAGCGAAGGGUCACCUUCCACCGGGACGUCCCGCCCACUGAAGGUGCGGAUCAAGACCAUCAAGACUUCCACAGGGGGGAUCACCCGGACGGUGACCAGGGUCUCGUCCGACGGUGAGCUGCGCUCCAGCGGGGAGUGCGGAGAUGAGGAAGCGGAGGAGGAGGAGGCAGAUGAGGAGGAGGAGGAGGGGGGCCAGGUUAGACGGCCCCCAGUCGAGGAGGAGGAAACCCCCCUUCCCUCCCAACAUGAAGGGACAGAGGCCCUCAGCAGAGCUGCCCUGGCAGAAGGUCCCGUCCUGCCCACUUCCACCUUCCAGGACGCCAGCUCUGCCAUGCUGAUGGCAGCCAGCAUUGCCCAGAGGGCCACCCAGCUCCCAUCUAAGGGGGCGGCCAAGGCCGUCUCCAAGAGCGUCCACCUAGCCAGCCUCAACCUGGUGCCCCAGUCCCUCCCGGCGCCAGUGGUGGCCGCUGGGACACCCUCCAAACCCCUGGCCCUGGGAUCUAGCUACCUCACCAGCACCACUCCCCAACUGUGCAAAGCAGGGCCAGGCGCUAAUGGCUCGGCCGUCCGCAGCCAGACCCCUCUAGUAGAGGCUUUCCACCGUCUCCUCAACGGGAAGAACCCACUGCCCACUUACAAGCCUGACCUGAGCCCGCCGGCCGACAGCUGCCUGGCCCUGCCGCCAAGUGGCUACCGGUGCCUGGAGUGCGGCGAUGCCUUUGCCCUGGAGAAGAGCCUGGCCCGGCACUACGGGCGCCGCAGCCUGCGCAUCGAUGUCACCUGCAAUCACUGCGCCCGCCGCAUUGUCUUCUACAACCGUUGCAGCUUACUGCUGCAUGCCCGCGAGCACAAGGACCGGGGGCUGGUCAUGCAGUGCUCCAAUCUGGUGAUGAAACCCAUCGCCCUGGACCAGUUGGUGGGGCAGCCUGACCCGACCUCCCCCACCCACGCGGCAGCCAUCUCCUCCCAACCGGCCACCGGUGCCGGCAGCAGGGGCGCCGGGGCCGAGCAAGCCUUGCCAGUGGUGCCCCCCAUCCCUGACCCGGCCCUCGUGGACUGUGACACCUCCUCCUGCAGCGAGUGCGGCCAGCUUUUCCCCGACCGGGUGGGUCUGGCUGCCCACUUCCAGCUGGAGACCCCCAGUUCGGCUGCGCAGGUGUGUCAGCUCUGCCAGAUGUUACUCCCCAGCAAGUGCAGCUACUUAGCUCAUUACCGGCUCCACAAGAACAAGUCACCGUACAUCUGCCCGGAGUGUGGCGGGGUCUGCCGGCCAGCGCACAUUCAAGCUCACGUGAAGGAAGUCUGCUUCCAUUUCACCCGCAAGGUCGGAUACAAGUGCCCCCAGUGUGGAGUGGUGUACGGAGGAAUCAACACGAUCAAGUCCCACAUCCAAGACGUGCAUUGCGAGGCUUUCCACAAGUGCCCGAUAUGCCCGAUGGCUUUCAAAUCUGCGCCGAGUGCCCACUCGCACAUCUACACCCAGCACCCGGGUGUCGUCAGUCAGCAGGCCAAGGUGAUUCACAAGUGUGCCAUGUGUGACACCGUCUUCACCCACCAGCCGUUGUUGAGCGCCCAUUUUGACCAGCAUCUGACGAAGCAGCGCGUCGCUGUCUUUAAAUGCCCGCAGUGCCCGGUGCUUUAUGCCCAGAAACGGACAAUGAUGGAGCACGUUAAGAGCACCCACUCCAGCCUGAAGAGCGAGGAGCCCGUGCAGAGCCAGCCGGCCACGCCCGUCAAACCAGCGCCAAAGUCAAGCCCAGACUCGGUGGACUCGUUAACCGACGAGUCGUCCUCCAGCCCCAAGGACGUGCUGAGCUUACAGCGGCGGAAGGAGAUGAGGCUGAAGCUGAAGAACGCCGGCUGGACGUGCAGCCAGUGCCAGAUGUGGUUCCCAGAGCGCGAGGAGUACGUGACCCACAUGAAGAAGGAUCAUGGUAAAGCGAUGAAGAAGUUCCCAUGCCGUCUCUGCGAACGGUCAUUCUGUUCGGCGCCCAGUUUGCGAAGGCACGUCCGAGUGAACCACGAGGGGAUCAAACGUGUUUACAACUGCAGACACUGCAUCAAGGGCAAGCGGACUUUCAGCAGCCGUCUGACAUUAGAGAAGCACCUGCAAGUCAUCCAUGGCAUUAACUUGGCCGACCACAUCCAGGACCAGGAGAACCUCUUCGAGAGAGUCAGCAUUAAGACCACCAUCCGGAAGCGAGCUGCCUCGCGGGACGGUCUGGAGCACUGCGCCUCGGAGGGCGCCAAGAGCCGGAAGGUGAAUGGGAGCUCGCCGUACCGCUGCAUGAAGUGUGGCUACACCACCGGCAGUUUCUCCGACUUCCACCAGCACAUCCCCCAGCACCGGACUGCUGCCUCCUCUCACCAGUGCCGUCAGUGCGGCCUUUGCUUUGCCGCCCACCCUUCACUCACCCGCCACCUCUUCAUCGUGCACGGGCUAAAGGAGUCCGAGGGGCCCAAGAGUGGUGUGCAGGCGGGAGAGUCCGACAGCCUGCACCUGGAGGGCAGGGUCAUCUGCGAUGUGUGCGGAAAGCUGUUCGACAGUGAGCCGCUGCUAAAGACCCACUUCCGGACUCAUGGGAUGGCCUUCAUCAAAUCCAAGCAGAACGGCCUGGAUAAGUAACACCUUCAUUCCUCUUCCCCCACCCACCUCCCUCCACGCUCUCACGGGAGUUCCACUGGACCGGUCUCGGAAAGAGGGUGGGUGGGAGGGCACCUGGCAGGAGUGAGGUGUUUGUGGGCUGAGGAGUGAUGCCAUUGACUGUGACAUAAUCUCAGGGGGCAGAGGGCUGUGGCCCCUGUUCCCCAGGGUUACUGGAGCGAAGGCCCUGGGGUGAAGGAACAUGAGGAAUUAGGGAUUGACCCACCAAGAUUUCCCCUCGUCCAUCCCCCUAAAAAAUCCAUUUGAGUUGAUAUCUCUUCCCAUGGCUAGCCAACUAACCAGCCAAGUCCGUAGAUUGUAAUGGAGCGGACGGUGAGGUGGGUGAGCGGGUUGAAUCGGCCGUGGCCCUGAAGGAUGGGGAGGGCAGGCUGGUGCUUACCCUUGGUAUAUUCUAACAGACGAGCAACCCAAAACCAUCCCAAAUUUUGAUCUGCUUCCUCGCUCCGAUCCCGAAAACACUGGGUGGGUUCCCUCGAGCACCGGGCCGUUCCAUCUUCCCUCCAGGCUGGCAGGGAGAAGUGGGGUGGGGGGAGCACCCACCAGCUUUUCGAUGUUGCCUAUUUCAAGGGCAGAGUUAGCUUCCCCUCAUUCACCCACGAUCACCUCAAGGGAACAGAUGUGGCAACUUUUACACUUGAAGAUCAUUCCCAUUUUUCAACUGCAUCCCGGAGGGAGGUGCUUUUGGAAAGAUACCCAGUGAGGGCACUCAGCUCGCACUACCCUGGCCUGCUUUAUAUUCCCCACACCCCCUGUCCCUUCCCCUUAAGUUGGGUCUUCCCCAGGACCCCACUCCUGUCCCUUCCCAAAUCCCUGUUUCGGGGGCUUGGGCGUUUCCAGCCUCUUGAGGAGUGUGGUUUUCCGGGGAGUGAGGCAGAUAGAUUUGGAGAGUGGCCAGGAGCUGAAGGUACAGCAUUUUCCUCCCUCCCUCUCUCCUGGUGCGUCUAGUCAAGUCUGAAGGCACGAGGGGUAACAGUGAUUGGCCAGACACUCGAGUCACUCAGGCUGAUUUCUCUAAGGCAGGAAGUUUCCGACAGUUCUCCUGCCUCCCCCGCGGAUGCUGCUCGACCUGCUGAGUCCCUCCAGCAAAUCGCUUGUUCGCUAGCGUGUGGCCCUGCAGCACCCCACAGCAUCCGUUCAGUCAGGGGCCGAGGGAUGGGACACCAAGCUGCGAUGUGGGGGCAGUUCCUGAGCUCUGUGUCCUCCUCCCUACAAAGAAACACCUGUAUACCCACCCCCCUCCUCCCCCAGGCCCCGGACACCACUGUUAACCGAAUCCUUACCCACAGCGUUGGGCUGGAUCUGACCUUGGCGAAAACACAUGGUUAGACAGCACACACCAGCUACUGGGCCUCACAGUCGGCCCUGAUGGGAGCGGAGGGUGGCGGAAAUGGACCUUUUAUUUUUUAUAAAUUUUUGUGAAUCAUCUUGAACUUGCAAAGCCCCAAUUGUUCAGGGGCAUUCUGGCUGGUUUCUGGAUGUGAAAUUCCCAGGCCUAGUGGCUGAGGAGGUUGGGGGGUGGGGGGUCAGAGGUGAUGAUCUGGGUCACUGGGAUCUGCACUAUUCCCUCUCACUCUGAUCUCCCAAUGCCUCCCGUGAUUAGAGAGUCUGGUGUACAGGGGGUAGACAGAGCCCGUGUGGCCAGGAGGUAGGGUAAGAGAGCCUUGUUUGGGGGGGGCGGGGGGGGUGUCAGUUACUUAUGGAAGAGUUGAAAUUUGCACAAAACACAGUCUCCUGAGACUUUAAAAGGGGCGCGAGGGAGGGUAGAGUUUCUGAUUUCUGUGAGACAGCGGGGUCCACAUCCUACCCGGCAGUUUGCAGGGAAGCUGUGGAUUCCUGGUGACAUUGGAAAGUAGACCCCGGACGUGUCCCCGCCUGCCAUUCUUCUGCACUGUUCUUUCAACAUUAAACCCACUACCCCCCCCCCCCACAAACCACUGCUGCCCCAACCACUGGCAACUGGAAUGGCUGCUCGGGACCAAUGCCCUCGCCCCCCACAAUCAGAGGGCGUACCACUCGUGACCUGCUUGCUUUUCAGGGACGUGGGGCCAGGACCAAGAAUUUCCCGGCAAUCGGCACCCUCACCCACCCCCUUUCAUUGCGUGACUGCUCGUCUCCCGUCCUGUCUAAGGUGGGGGCUGUUACCACUGGCCCCCACACCUCUAAAAACCCUGGGGGAGAAUAGGUGUGGCAUUCUGCAAGCAGGGACUGGGAUAGGAGAGACCCACCGCGCCCUGCGGGGUGCAUCUCAUACACCCGAGGAGAUAGCAAGCGAAAUUUACCGUCAGUGUACGUAAUCGAUCAAUGUGUCCCCCUCCUCUAUGUGAAAUGAGGGGUAGAGGAGCGCACGUGCCUAGCCCCUUCCACAGCACUGUCGAGAUUCUGGAUUUCAGAGGUCUAUUCUUUAAAGGAGCAGUUUCCUUCUCACUUUGCAAAGAAAUAAAUUGUAAUUUUUAUUUAGAAUUUAUUUAUAUAUUGAGAUUGUAGUCACAGAGAAUAAAAAGAUUUCUACUGUUUGAUUUUGGUGUUGAAGGUGAAAGAGAAUGUAACAAAUUUGCAUUAAAACUUUCACAAGAAUUGUUUAAAUUAUGUUGGUAUUUGUUGUAUUGCCCAAGUCACCUUGAUCUCCACAUGCUGGACGUCAGACCUGUACUCUCCUGAAAGCACUGAAUCUGGUGUCUGUCUGUACAUAGAGACUUUCCAAUUAAUUCCACUGUACAGAAUCCCCUGCACUCUCCCAUCACACACUCCCAGGGUAUAGACACAGACAGUCAUACACUGUCCCAUCACACACCCCCAGGGUAGGGGCACUAGGGUAUAGACGCACAGAUUCAUACCCUUUCCAUCACACACCCCCAGGGUAUAGACACAGAGAGUCAUACACUCUCCCAUCACACACUCCUGGGACAAGAGCACCAGAGGUUGGAACAGGGCAGGUAAUGCACAAUUAGGUGUUAAAAUUCCCCCUGUAAUUAGACUUGUUGUCUGCCCUUUUCCCGUUUGCUGAGAGCACGACUUUGUGUUGCUGCAUCUUACAUUUCCACCUCUUGUAUGACACUGAAUAGAGUGGAAAAGCAAAUUGUGUAAGAGAUGCGGAGAGAUAUAGGUGAGUGGGCAAGGAUCUGGCAGACUGACUGCAAUGUGCGAGGUCAUGCAUUCUGAAAGGAAAAAU